AUGAAGGUUCGAUUUGUUGGCACAAGAAAACAAGAUAGCGCUACGCAACGUCGCCGAGCCCUACAAGCAAAUCGUACACGAAACUACCGGCAGCGCCAGAAGGCAAGGGAGGACACUACUGCGACAAAGCAUCAGGACGAACCAUUGUCAGAUGCAGUUGACUUGGUGGCAGACAACGAAGCACCAGGGCCUGAGAGAGAUUCAUCCCUCGAGAAUGAUGAGAUUGAAGAAUAUGAUGGUACAUUUGCCUGCGAGAAUUUUACGAUCUCCAUUCUGGAAGUCGAUGAUUCCACAAUCAGCACUACCGAGGUAGAUCCAUACUAUGAGGAGGAAAUAGUUGACGCCUCUCCUGCUGAAGAAAACGAAAGUCAAACACAGCCCCAAAGCCCACAAAUCCAUGCCGAGAAGUCAGUCGAUCUGGCUACUAACGAUGCUAACACUGAUGUAGAAUAUGCUACACAGAAGUUUAUUCAGCAGUUUCUCACUGGCAUACAUGGCUGUGGUGUCCAGAGCCAUCGCGAAUCCCUGAUUGCGCACAUCGAAGCUGAGGGACCAGAUAAUCACCAUAGACUUGAUAGAUUAGUUGCCCAUGAUGUACCCCAUACACUUGACAAAGAGUAUAUUCUCGCCGCUGAAACUGGCGACAAGAUAACGGAGCUUAGUCCGGACCAAUGGCGGGCAUUAUAUACCGGUUCCACAACCCAAGGCUCAGAUAAUAAACCCAAGCAGGCUUGCCUUCACGUCGAACAGGCCCCUCAGACUCCACCUGGUAUUUCAUUCGAUGUCGAUAGCAUCUUGGGGUUUGUGGAUUCUCCGGCAGUUGCAACUCAUGGGAUUCGGUUUUAUUCCGCUCCCCAGUAUGGUCAAAAUAUCUCCACCGACGUCCACCUAACCUUAGGUCGUACGGAUCCAGAUUCGGAGCGUCCCCGGUUGAUUCCAUCGCGACUGAGAGACGUGCCGCAUUUCAUCUUCGCGAGGGCCGAAGGCGCUGAUUUCAUAACAUUUCACUUGUUCUUUCCACAUUUACCAUGCUCCCAUGACUUCAAUAGGUUGACUGAUGAGCAGUUCUCACGGUGGUUCGAUGAUAUCUUCUAUCCCGCUGUCCGUCAGGUCUACGAUAUCGAUAGACUUCAGCACUUGCCAGCAAGUUAUCGUCACGCAUUGGCUACUUGCCGAGCUCCUCAGAGAGAGAAUCGUCUGCUCGAGACCUCGAACUACCAAGCCCAACUACAGAUGUCCUACUUUCUGUCACCGCAAGGUUUGCAGCAACUGUGGAACCAUAUUCUCGCAGCAACGCUGCUCGCACAUAUCCAUUUCAGAAUUCAGAUCUACGGCUUCUGGCGUUAA